AUGCAGAGUCCUCGGGAGCCCAAGAUCCCCCCCGGAGGUACCAAAGGCCGGGAGCAGAUCGAAGCUCGUGAAGAUAACUUCAACCUGGUAAUUCCGGGUGCAUUCCCGUCCUCGCCACCUCUGUCACCCCGCCUUGCGCCGCUCGAGCGCGAUGAGUCCGUUCCCGUGUCUGCGUUCCAGCAAAUGGACAUUGACAUCGCUGAGAGCCCCGAACUUCCGACAGAACUUGGCUCGCAUUUACAUCCUAGGAGACCGGCGAAGUUUGUGUCCGCGUCAGCUUCAGCCCCUCGACGCACAAGACGCCCGUCCACCCCUCGAACACCUAUCCGGCGACCCGCUGCGCAAGAUGACAUGGCCAUCGACGAUCCGUGGAACCGCCAGGCUUCGCUAUUUGAACGAUUACCAUUCGGACGGCCGGUAUCCGCUGUACAACUUUUUUCACCAAAGCCAAGGCCAAUUCCCGCUAACCGUAUCGCUUCUAUCUACGCGACAGAAUGGGAAAAACGAGCAAGGGAAAGCGCAGCUCUGGAAGGCGAGCCUGGUCGCACUGUCAGAAUCGUUCCGCAGGGCCCUGCCGUGCGGGAGCUGUCCUGGGAUUGGAUGAACCAGAUCAAAAGAGCUAUGAAAGCUCCCCAAAGCAUGCCAGUCGCGAAGUCAAUCUCUGGAGAUGCAUUAUACCAAAGAGACAUUGCCACCUGCAUCAACCAUCAAGCUUGGCUCAAUGAUGAGAUCAUCAAUUCCUACCUCGGUAUCCUCAUCCACUAUUUACGCGAAUCUACCGGCAAUUUGAACGAUAAGCCCCUCUUUCACGCUUUCAACACAUUUUUCUUCUCAACUCUACGAGACAAAGGCUACCAAGGCGUGCGCCGGUGGGCUAGUCGGGCAAAGAUAGGCGGUGAAGGGUUGCUGGAUGUCGACACUGUCUUCAUUCCCGUGCACGGGGGAGCCCACUGGACUCUGAUGGUCGUGCGACCCAUGGAACGAACAAUAGAGUACCUUGACUCCAUGGGCUCACGCGGUGCCAAUCAAGUGAAAAAGGUCAAAGAAUGGCUGCGCGGCGAGCUAGGAAUGAAAUACGACGAAGACGAGUGGACAGUGCUGAAAUCAAACUCGUCUAUGCAGGAUAAUGGCAGCGACUGUGGCGUGUUCCUUCUCACAAACGCCAAGGCCAUUGCACUGGGUGUAGAGCCCACUGCUUUUGGUGCCUCGGAUACAAUUCUUCUGCGCAGAAAGAUUGUCGCAGAGAUUAUGAAUGGCGGGCUCAAUGGAGAAUUCAGUCCCAUUAACAAGGAGGGUCUUUUGCAGCUCUGA